AUGUUCUCUUCUUCGAAUGGUAACAAAAAACCAGUCCAACAGGAGAUGGUUCAGGUUGGUCAAUCAUUAUCCAACACCUCGCGCCCCAGGACACCCCCAUCAAUUCCCUCGCAUAAACAUCGAAGCGAUACUCCUCCGCAACGAGGCCCGGCAACGUUGUCCCCACCACCUCGUAGAUCCUAUACAGAUUUCAUAUCACAUACGAAUAACGAUUGGGCCGCCGACGACGAAGAAGAAGAAGAGGAUGAAUACGGUUACGAGGAUGACGACGGGGACGAUUUUGGCCUUCCGAGUAUAUCUAGCAAGAAGCGCAAAAAUCAGAGCCGACUGAAAAGUGCGUCGGCUGGUACCGCGCUUGAUGAAGGCAAUAUUGCUCCAUGGCGCUCUAGCUUUGGCGCGAGUGCAGUGGGGUCAGGAUCGCGAAGAAUGUCAAACAGUGCAGACAUCGCGAUCGAAAGGCCUGCGCCAAGUUACCCGGUUGCGAAAAAGAGCGAAGGCAAGAUACUCCGGCCUCAAUACAAAGAAAUACUUCGAGAUCCCGCCAAUUCUCUACACCUAAUAGAUCACCCACCAGUAACACCCAACGCUACUUCAAAAGAAGUCGAAGCACACGGUGCUCGGAUAACAAGAAUAAAUAAAUUUAAGAAGAUAUUACAAGCUACCUCCAUUCCUUUAACCGAACUUAGAGAUGCCUCUUGGAACGGAAUACCAGAAGAAGUUCGCGCAAUGUCAUGGCAACUGCUACUUGGGUAUCUCCCUACUAGCAGCGAAAGACGUGUGGGCACAUUGGAACGGAAACGAAAGGAAUAUCUUGACGGGGUACGACAAGCUUUCGAGAAAGGCGGCACUAGUUCUGCCUCGACUGGGAAAGCUAGGGGCCUCGACGAAGCAAUUUGGCACCAAAUCAGUAUUGAUGUACCAAGAACUAAUCCGCAUUUAGAGCUUUACAGUUAUGAAGCUACACAACGAUCCUUAGAACGAAUACUUUACGUAUGGGCAAUACGUCAUCCUGCUAGUGGUUAUGUGCAAGGCAUCAACGAUCUUGUGACUCCAUUCUGGCAAGUCUUCCUAGCUACCUAUAUCGCAGAUUCAGAUGUAGAGAGUGGUAUGGAUCCAGGACAGCUUCCCAAACCAGUAUUAGACGCAGUUGAAGCAGAUUCCUUUUGGUGUUUGACGAAGCUUUUGGAUGGCAUUCAGGACAAUUAUAUCUUUGCGCAACCAGGGAUCCAACGUCAGGUGGCGUCGCUCCGAGAUUUAACAGCAAGGAUCGAUGAACCUCUAGCUAAGCAUCUUCAAGCAGAAGGUGUUGAGUUUAUACAGUUUAGCUUUCGGUGGAUGAAUUGUCUCUUGAUGCGAGAGAUCAGUGUUCAGAAUACUAUUAGGAUGUGGGACACUUAUCUGGCUGAAGAGCAAGGCUUUUCAGAAUUUCAUUUAUAUGUGUGCCUAGCAUUUCUCGUGAAGUGGUCUUCUAAACUAUUGAAAAUGGAUUUCCAAGAAAUCAUGAUGUUUCUUCAGGCGCUACCGACUCGAAACUGGACGGAAACUGACAUAAACAUGCUUCUGGGAGAAGCAUUCGUAUGGCAAUCACUUUUCAAAGGCUCUUCAUCACAUUUACGUGGUAGCAGUAGUACUACACCAUCGAGUGCUGCUCUUUAA